AUGGAUAAACUAUCUUAUGACACGGUUUCAUCUUUUAUGCGGGCCAAGAUACCACAAGAAAUUGAAGAUGAGCUGUUAAUGGCGUAUGCAAACUGUACCGAGGGACAAGAUGAUCUGAAUAUGGAGGAUAUAGGACUGUUCUUCGAAGAAUUGGGGCUUUCUAAGCAGUGGUAUAAGAUGGUGCGUAAGGACAUGGUAUGCAUUGAGGGUACACGGGUGGUUGAUUUUGAAAAACUAAUGGAUAUAACGUAUAGACUGCUGGUGUUCAUGGAUAAUGAGCGUACGAUCGAUGAGCAAUGGUCACUACUGGUGCGAUAUUCCGGAAGAGAUGAGCAGUUCCCACAGGUGAAGCUGCGAAACCAUGUUCUAAGUGCUAAGGACCUUCAGAAAUGCAUGGUACAGGUGCAGAUGAGUGGUUCGGCGGUGGUUGAUAUGGUAUCUGGGGUAACGAAAGGGCCAAGGGUUUAUGUCACAUACCUAGACUUCGCAUACUUACUCGGUAAGCUGGGGUAUCUUAGGUUUUGA